GUUGCAAUCAUAACUUUAAAUAAGCAUGCCUCCUUUCUCUCCCUUUCUGUAAUUAACGCUCUAUCUGCAUACUCCGACCUAACUGGAGAAACCGUUACAAAUUUAUAUAUUAUAAUGUCUGAAUUGUGGAUUUCUAUGCAAUUACCUGUAUUAGAUAUGUCUCAGCCAGUUCAGCCUUCCUUCCUAUCAUCCCUUUCCCAAGCAAGUCAGGAAAUGGGCUUCUUUUACAUCAGCAACCAUGGAAUCUCUAGAGAUCUUUUCGGAAAAGUGUGUUUACUUUCAAAGCAUAUUUUUGGCCUUCCCCUAGAAUCCAAACUCAGGCUUGGUCCAUUGUCAUCCACAAAAACUUACACUCCCCGUUUCAUAGCCUCCCCUUUCUUUGAAAGCUUGCGAGUGUCUGGACCAGAUUUCUUUGCUUCUGCUAAGAAUUCUGCUGAUGCACUCUUUGACAAGCAGCAUUCUGAUUAUAGUGAGAUAUUGGAAGAAUAUGGAAACAAGAUGGAGGAGUUAUCAAAGAGAAUCAUUGAGGUUGUAUUAAUGAGCCUGGGGGAUGACUUUGUGGGGAAGUUCUAUGAACCUGACUUCAACAACUGCCAUGGUUAUUUGAGGAUAGUGAGCUACUCACCACCGGACAAUGUGGAGGAAAAAGAGGUGGAAGGACUUGGAAUGCAUACAGAUAUGAGCUGUAUAACUAUAGUCUAUCAAGAUGAGAUUGGUGGGCUGCAAAUGAGAUUGAGGGAAGGAGAAUGGAUGGACAUACAACCACGUGAGGGUUCUCUAGUUGUAAACAUUGGAGAUCUAAUGCAGGCUUGGAGCAAUGGGCGGCUUAGAUCAUCCGAACACAGGGUUGUUUUGAGGCAUGCUGUUAACCGCCUGUGUCUGGCUUUCUUCUGGUGCUUUGAGGAUGAGAAAGUGAUCUUGGCACCAGAUGAAGUUGUUGGGGAAGGAAACCCAAGGAUUUAUAGGCCGUUCGUUUGCUUGGAUUAUUUGAAGUUCAGGGAGAGUGAUGAAGAAGGUAAAUUUGAGAAAGUUGGGUAUACUGUAAAAGAUUUUGCAGGACUGAAACUUCAGACGUAGUAAUCACUUGCUUUCUACUGAAAUUGUAGCACCGGCUAAUAAAAUGUCAUCUGUUUUUACUUUUUCUGUUCUCAAGGUAUCCAUCAAAAAUGGCUUGCUGAUUUUAUGGGCUAGUGAGAGGGCAGCAGAACAAGAAGGAAAUUUGUAUUAUACUACUAGGUUAUCGGGCGGAAAGAAUCGAAAGAUCUUCAAAGAGAGAAAAAAAAAAAUCUUAUUUUGCUUCAAGAAAUGUGUUGUAGAUGUGCUUGUUCCAAGUGAGUUGGAGCCGAGAGGCAGUAGUCUUGGUUAAGAUCGAGUAAUUUGGCGUGCAAUGUGUUCAUUGGCUUCAUUCUACAGGGCAGUUGAAAUUCCACUUUCGUGUUUAGUUUUGUUUUUUGUGUUAAUGGGUCUCAUUUUCUCGUCUUUGUUUCAUUACUUCGAUUAUCCAUAGGACAGCGAUGGGAGAUAAUAUAUUCUAUCUUUACCUAUUUCCACACCACUUUAGAAGUAUUUACAAGUUGAGAGCAUUUUCUAGAAGUCAAACGUGCUCAGCUGAUGCUGCAAAUGAUCUUCACUCUGGGCUUAUUCAUCGUGGAGACGUGGAAUUCUGUGAAAUUUGACGAUAGUACACAAGAUAUUUGAAUUUGUUGUCAAAUCCAAAUCUUGAAUUGUCAGAAUGAAGUCUGUUCAUGUUUUGGAGUUUGGAAUUUAAAUUUAUGCAGAAUUAAAAAUAAAAUAUGAUUUGAAAUC